AGUCUUGAGUGGGUUUCUCACCUUUCUUCUUUAAGAUAUCUCGAUUUGGCACAAGUUAAUCUAAUUCGAGCAACUGACUGGCAAUCAUCAAUAAGCAAAAUCCCUUCUUUGAUAGAGCUUCACUUAAAUGACAGUCAACUUCCUGAAGUCAAUCCCAUACCCUCUUACCACAUGAACUCUUCCACUCAUCUGAGAGUCCUCAAUCUUGGACGAAAUAAUUUGAGCUCUUUGACACUAUCUUGGGUGUUUAAAUUGAGCAAAGUCUUCGUACAUCUCGACCUCUCAUCUAAUUCUCUGCAGCAUAUUGCUCCAGAUGCUUUCAUAAAUUGACUUCUCUUCAAUAUCUUGAUCUUUCUUACAAUAAGCUUGGGAUUAACUCAAUAAAAUCCUUUUGUAAUUCGUGCCAACUCAAACAGUUAUUGCUGUCCUUCAACAACUUGUCUGGACAACUAAGUCAUUGGAUGCAACAAUCAUGUUGCUUCCAAAAUGGUAUAGAGGAGUUGGAUCUGAGUCAAAACCCAUUCGUCAGUGAACCAUUUCCUAAUUUUUCAUCAUUUUCAUCUUUGGUGACACUACGCCUUAGAAAUACCAGUCUCUGUGGGUCUGUUUCACAGGUGAUCCCACAAUCAUUUGGGCCCCUGCAUAGUCUUAAACAUUUGGACCUAAGUCAGAACAAUUUGAGUGGGUUAGCGUCAGGGUUCACGCAACUUCUAUCAUUGAGGACUCUAGAUUUGUCCCACAAUGAAUUUAAUGGGUUCCUUCCAAACACCCUGGGUCAACUUUCUGAUCUUGAUACAUUGAUACUUUCUUCAAAUAAUUUAAGUGGAUUGAUCAGUGAAGCACAUAUAUCAACUCUAUCAAAUUUGAGAAUUUUGGAUGUCUCCCGGAAUUUAAUUUCUUUUAACUUCAGUUCAAAUUGGGUGCCGUCUUUUCAACUGUAUCAAUUAUUUGCAUCAUCAUGUAAAAUCGGUCCUAACUUUCCAUUGUGGCUCAAAAAUCAAAAGCGACUGGAGUUUCUAUAUAUUUCUGACGGUGGAAUUUUUUAUAACAUUCCUGAGUGGUUUUGGGACUUGACUCCAGGUUUGAAAUACUUGGAUCUUUCCAAUAACAAAAUCCAUGGCACCGUGCCAGAGAUCACUACGCGACAAGGAUUACUAUUUGUUGACAUGUCCAAUAAUUCAUUGUCAGGAAGACUUCCAAAUCAUUGGGAGUAUUUUGAAGACUUGGAGUUUCUGAAUUUGGCAUUUAAUAAAUUGUGGGGUGAAAUACCCAAUUCAAUUGGUACUUUGAAUCACAUUAAGUCUAUCCAUUUAAAUGACAACAACUUCUCUGGCGAAAUGCCAUCUUUCAUGAAUUCUACCCUGUUGUUGUUCAUUGAUCUUGGACAGAACAAUUUAUGUGGAAUGUCACCUGAAUCGUUGGGGAAUAACUUGCCUAAUUUGAUUGUUUUGGUUCUACGGGCAAACAAGUUACAAGGAAACAUACCUACAACCAUAUGUAAUCUAAUGCAUCUUCAAAUCUUGGAUCUUUCUCAGAAUGAGAUUCUAGGAAUCAUACCUCCUUGCCUUGACUCCUUGUUUUCCAUGACAAGUGUGGUUUCGCCGGGACAGCUGAUUUCUUAUUCAAAUGAGGAUCGUGAGAGGGAAACUAUUGACUACGUUUUCAAGGACAGGGCAAUUCUGGUAUGGAAAGGAAGUGUAAUUAUGCCCUCAAUGCUUUUGUCGUCUUUAGCAACAAUUGAUCUAUCUAACAAUCACUUACAAGGGGAGAUCCUUGAUAGCAUAACAAGACUUUUCAGGAUUGUAUUCUUUAAAUCUUUCAAGCAAUAGUCUCACAGGAUUCAUUCCCCAUAACAUGGGUCAGCUACAAUAUUUGGGGGCACUUGAUUUAUCAAGCAAUUCUCUUUAUGGUGGAAUUCCAGCAAGCUUCUCGAGUUUGUGUUUUCUCUCGGUCUUGAAUUUGCCCUUCAACAAUUUAUCAGGAGAAAUUCCUCGCGGCCCCCAAAUGCAGACCUUUGAGGCUUCCAGUUAUAUAGGAAACCAAGGACUUUGUGGCCCACCUAUUAGUCAAGAAUGUCCGAGAGGACCGAGAGAAGCAGCAAAUUCUAAUCAACUGAAAAACCUGGGAUUCUACAUCAGCGUGCUUUUUGGAUUCACCAUUGGAUUUUGGGGAGUGUGUGGAACUUUGAUCCUCAAAAGUUCAUGGAGACGAGCCUAUUUUCAAUUCUUCAGUGACAUGAAUGAUUGGAUUUAUGUCCAAGCAUCCCUCUUCGUGCCAAGAUUGAAGCGAAGAUUUCAACACCAAGAGGUACUUGGAGGAGCAAAUCGCUAAAAUUGCCAACCAACUGCAAGGGCGGCAGGACCUUUUCUCACGUGCAAACUCCUGAUUGAGUGAUUCGGUGCUUAAAUAACCGUGCCGUUUGGAUUUACCAUAGAAUUUUGGAGAGUCCGUGGAACUUUGAUCCUCAGAAGUUCAUGAUGACAAGCCUAUUUUCAAUUCUUCAGUGACAUGAAUGAUUGGAUUUAUGUCCACACAUUCCUCUUCGUGCCAAGAUUGAAGCGAAGAUUUCAACACCAAGAGACCAAGCAAUGUUGACAUCGAUGCCCUUCUCAUCCGCCAACGUUGAUGCAUUCCUCCAUCGACGCCAACACCAUCCUCCACCAGUGCCACCACCAAAUCUAAAGGGAGAAGGAGAUUGAAGAUAAGAGAAGAAGGAGAAUGGCCAACAACCCAAGCCUCUCCUCCACUGGUGGCGACCUUGGUGAGAUUCGAUCUAUCAGAUGAAGUCAUUACACUUGCCCUUGAAGUGCGAUGAGUUCAAACACGUCCUGGACUUGGUGGUCGUGGUUGCAUCAAUGAGGCAAGUAAAAGGAGAACCUGGCUUUGUCCUUGUGAGGGAGAGGCGAGAGACUAGUUGCGCACGAAGAAGAACAGAAAUCUCCAUGAACGAGAACAGUAAGAAGCUUAGGAAUUAACAUAAAGAGGACACACACGAAGAACAUCUCAAAUUCCUUCAGAACCUGCAGCUUCUUCGAAAGGCUUCUAAUCAAUUUUUUUUUAAUUUUAAGGGGUAUUACAGUCUUUCAUAAUUUAUAUAUAAUUAUAAAAUAAAAUAAAAGGAAGUAUUCC